AUGAUCACAACCUAUUUAACGUCGAUCAAAGUCGCCUUCAACCCCUUCCAGGCUACUUCGAGGGUGCCUAGGUUGUUCCUCAAUCUUCUGCCGCCGGAAGCGCACAAGACCAUCAAGAUCAGCGCAAUACAAUAUCCUCGUACAUCAAAGGCGCCGGCCCUGCUGGAACUAGGGUUGAAGGAUGGCAAGACGAUGAACUAUACAUGGGAAGCUGAAGCUUCGGGGGCGGAUGGCAAGGCUCAGAAGACGAAAAGAGCUGGGUUGAAAGAUAUUGUCGAAGAAGUAAACAGGCAUGCGAGAGGAUUGGCCAGGAAAGAAGAGUUAACCGGUUGA